CUAAGGGCCCGUUCGGUUUGGCCAGAAUGGCCUGGAUUGCAGCCCAAUCCGGGUGGAUUGGAACGGCCCGGAACGAAUACGACCCAAUACAAAAAGUAUUGUUUGGUUGGCCUAGCCCAGAACCAAACCUGGGCCAGAACGAUUUCAAUCCUUCCUUCCUUGGCCCGGAAUCAAUCCGCACCUCAUCCCUCUUGGAUCGGUUCCUGGCCACACGCGACGCGAGGAGACGGACACUCCGCUGGCGGCGCGCGAGGUGGCGCGAGGUGGCGGCAUGGUGGCGCAGCAUCUCCGACGGCCACCACCGCGACGGCGACCGCUGCCUUCUCGCCAAAUCGAAGAAAGAUGGUGCUUGGUCGAGCAAGGUUCUUUAGUACAAGUUAUUAUGAAAGAAUUGAGAUAUUGAGUUGACCUAGUGAACGUACUGGAAAUAGCUAUUAGUUCUAGUUCAUCUAUGUAAUAUAUCCAGAAUUGUUUGAUUGAUCUGACUAUCCAGAAUUGUAAUGUUAAAUUUUCAACAUGAUUCUAUGCGAUCAUAAUGUAUUUUUCUUUUAAAUGGA